AUGACGUCUGCGCAAGAUAUCAGUGUGCUCAAAAAACAUAGAGCGAUCGUUAAAGGCGCGUGCACGCGGAUUCACACAUAUAUCGACGCGAUUUCUUUUGCCACUCCGGCUAUUGCUGCUCAGCUUGAGGAACGUAGAAUCAAGUUAGACGAAUAUUGGUCACAAUACAACGCAAUACAAGCGGAGAUAGAAUUGCUUGACGAAAAUGAGGGCAAUGACCGGAUCGGCUUCGAGGAAGCGUAUUAUUCGCUUUGCGCAAAGAUUCGCGAACUUCUUAAUCCAUUAUCAGCUCCGCGGGCGCAACCGACACAACCGUAUUCACCGUCUACGUCGAGCGCAUUCAAUCGAUCGGAAAAUCAUUCCAGUGUUAGAUUGCCCAAGUUGAAUCUUCCAACGUUUUCCGGCAAAUACGAUGAAUGGUUUCCAUUCUACGAUUCAUUUAAUUCAAUUAUACAUUCAAACGCGUCAAUCAGUGACGUACAAAAGUUACAAUACUUAAAGUCUACACUUACCGGUGACGCGAGUGGCGUAAUCAGUGCAUUAGAAAUUUCCGCCGCAAAUUAUCAAAUAGCAUGGGAUAUUUUAAAGGAACGUUAUGAUAACAAACGAAUGAUCGUUCACACGCACAUUAAAGCAAUAUUAGAUUUACCCUCGCUCACCAAGGAAGAUUCAACCGAGCUGCGUCGAAUCGCGGACGGGGCAAUCCGACAUGUUCAAGCCCUCAAGGCACUUAAAUGUCCCACGGCGCACUGGGACGAUCUGUUAGUAUACAUUCUAACCUCAAAAUUCGAUCCACGCACAUUACGAGAAUGGCAGUCCUCUUUAACAGGUACUGAAACUCCCACAUUUAAACAAUUUAACGAUUUUAUUUCUCAACAUUGUUUGGUGUUAGAGACCACAAACAAGGUCAGUCUCGCUUCCAAGGACACCAACAAAAAUUCACAAACCAACGCAAAACGACAAUCUACAUGUGCAGCAACAGUCAAAUCCAAGUGCAACUAUUGCAAGGGCGAGCAUCCCAUGUAUUAUUGCAAGGAGUUUUUGGCACUGCCAAUCAAGCAACGGGCGGUAGAGGUACGCAAUCGCAAACUAUGCGUCAACUGUCUCCGCUCUCCGAUGCAUUCAUUGGACAAAUGCACAUCUAGAGGUUGCAAAAUUUGCAAUAUCAAACACAAUACGUUGUUGCAUACGAGCACCAGCUCGGCGGAGGAUCACUCCGGCACUUCCGGCACAGGGGAAUCAAGCAUACAAAAUUCCACGACAGCCGUGACGACACAUUCGUCGAACAUUCAAGGCAAAGAUCACAUAAUGCUUUCCACAGCUGUGGUCAAUGUCAUAGCCUCCGAUGGCACAUCACAUUCAUGUCGAGCUUUACUAGAUUCAGGAUCUCAAGCAAGUUUCAUUUCUAGACAACUCGCCGCAACUCUUGGUUUACCACUACGCCCGCUAAACGUCACAAUAUCUGGUGUCAACAGUACCUCAUCAAAUGCUACAAUGGCAACCAAGGUAACACUGCAAUCCAGAUUAAAUUCUUAUUGUAGGACGAUAGACUGCAUAGUAACAGAGCGGAUAACCGAGAAGCUUCCACUGACUACUUCAAGGCGUGGAGACUACAACAUUCCUCGAAACCUCAAGCUAGCGGACCCCCAUUUCAACGUUUCCUCCAAGGUCGACAUUUUGAUCGGAGCAGAAAUAUUUUGGGAGCUACUUUGCAUAGGACAAAUCGAGGCCACUCACAGCCAUCCAACUCUACAAAAAACGAGACUAGGAUGGAUUCUGGCUGGACGUCGCAGCAUCACAGCGGCGCCUGCAGAAAACGUGCGAGCAUUCACCACAGUCAUAUCCAAUGCUCAACUGCACGAUCAACUAACACGGUUCUGGCAAAUUGAACAUCUCGACAAUCAAGUCGUAAACAACAAGGACGAUGCUUACUGCGAGGAGCAUUUCGAAGCUAACGUGGACCAGAACGAACAGGGCAGAUACAUAGUAAAACUUCCAAUCAAGGAAGAAUUAAUCGGUAACCUUGGCAGCACAAGGGACAUCGCAUUACGACGCUUACAAGGAACAGAGCGUCGGUUCAUACGAGAUCCCAACUUAAGGGACCAAUAUGUCCACUUCAUGGACGAAUAUUUAAAGCUAGGACACAUGAAGGAAGUCAGCGUGUCUCCACUUGAGGAUACAGCAUCUUUCUACUUGCCUCAUCAUGGCGUCUUCAAAGGCGCUAAACAAUCAUCCAAGAUUCGUGUCGUUUUCGACGCUUCAAGUAAGAGCGACACAGGAUUAUCAUUAAACGACGUUUUGAGAGUCGGCCCAGUGGUGCAGCAAGAUUUGAUGUCAAUCGUGAUGCGAUUCCGCACCUUCGUUCACGCUUUGAUCGCAGACAUCAUAAAAAUGUACCGACAGGUGCUCAUACACCCUUCGCAAACAUCUCUUCAAAGAAUUUUGUGGCGCAGCGACUCCAAGGCUGACAUCAAAACAUACGAACUGAUGACAGUGACCUAUGGCACGUCAUCGGCUUCUUUUCUCACAACCAGGUGCAUCAAACAUCUAGCCGAUCAUCACUCAUCCACGUUUCCCAUUGGAUCAGCGUGUAUAAGGCGCGACUUCUACGUCGACGAUCUACUAACCGGUGCAAACACCGUCCAAGAAGCGGAGACUCUUCGAGAUGAAACGAUCGAACUAUUAAGGCUAGGCGCAUUUGAGCUUGGAAAAUGGGCUUCCAACACCCCGGAAUUGCUGGAGGCAACACUCAAUAAAAAUGACAAACCCGUUGUCAUCGACGACGACGAAAGCGCCCACAUCUUGGGGAUCAAAUGGAACGCCAACACAGACACGCUACAUUUUUCAUACGACCCGGUCAUGUCACAUGACGCAAUUUCAAAACGGAAAAUUCUAUCGGACGUUUCCAAAUUAUACGAUCCGUUAGGCUUACUUGGUCCAAUCAUCGUCAUCGCCAAGUUGAUACUACAAGAUCUCUGGCGAGCAGGCAUCGAUUGGGACGAGUCAGUUCCUCAGAACUUACACGCACGAUGGAUUACCUUCAAGUCGCAGUUGACGGAGCUCAACCGACUAGCAAUUCCCAGACGCGUCAAAUACAGCAUUGAACGUCGACAUAUACAAAUACAUGGCUUCUGUGAUGCCAGUCAAAAUGCAUAUGGAGCCUGCGUGUACAUACGGACUGAGCUCGAUGCGAACAAGUAUCGUUCAGAACUUCUUUGCUUCAAAUCAAGGAUUGCGCCGUUGAAGGCUGUAUCAUUGCCAAGGUUGGAACUAUCUGCAGCGCUUCUACUGGCACGGCUGAUGGACAAGGUUCGAUUGUCAAUAGAUACGUCUGACAUCAAGGUGUUCUAUGUUUUCGUUGCAAACCAUAUAGGAGAAAUUCAACGGUUGACUCAAGCGACGGAUUGGCGACACGUACCGUCCGGUCAAAAUCCAGCCGACUUACUUUCACGAGGUUCAAAUCCAAGCGACUUAAUUCAUGCAACCACUUGGUGGAAGGGUCCCGACUUUCUGCAACACAAUGAGAAUUUCUGGCCUACCAAUCAAUUUCUACGUCAGGAGGACACCUCCGAACUUCGAAAAAUAUACGUUAACAUUACAGUCGUUGACACCAGUGUCAUAGAAGACAUACUCAACAAUCAUUCAAACAUUGACAGAGCCUGUCGUGUUGUGGCAUAUUGCUUGAGGUUCUUACGAAGACCUGCGGGCAUUACAACACAUUUUGUCUCCCACGAAGAAACCGCGUCAGCAUUGCAACUGAUGUGCAAGGUUGUGCAACAGCUUUCAUUUCCCGAGGAGUACAAGGCCUUGAGCAGCAACAAGAGCCUCAGUACAUCCAGUGGGAUUUUGACACUCAAUCCAUUCCUCGACGAUGGAUUAAUUAAAGUUGGAGGUCGAUUAAGGCAUUCAAAUCUAACACAAGACGCGCGUCACCCGGUGCUGCUGCCGAAAAAUCACGAGCUAUCAAGACGAAUCAUCACGCAAGCGCAUGUUAAGCCUGUUCAUUCAGAAACCAUUAUGAGCUCCUUACCUCCUAGUCGCAUCACUGUUUCCCGACCAUUCUCGUAUUGCGGCGUGGAUUACGCCGGUCCGUUAACUCUGCGAGAAGGAAAACACAGAAACGCGCAUACUCACAAAGCAUACAUCGCCAUGUUCGUAUGCUUCGCUACCAAAGCGGUACACAUAGAACUAGUCAGUGAUUUAACCACCGACACGUUUUUAGCAGCCUUCAAAAGGUUUAUAUCGCGCAGAGGAAAGCCUUCCCACAUGUGGUCAGACAAUGGCACUACUUUCGUAGGUUCCCGUCAUCGUUUGCGCGAAGUCUCUAAUUUUCUUGAAAGGGAGUGCAUACAAAAUGAAAUCCAGUUAUUUUUGCGCGAACAGCGAAUAACAUGGAACUUUAUACCACCCAACGCUCCACAUUGUGGAGGACUCUGGGAAGCCGCGAUAAAAUCGGCAAAAUUCCAUUUAUAUCGUAUAAUCGGUAAUGCUCAUCUAAUCUUCAAAGAGAUGCAGACUAUUUUAUGCGAUAUAGAAGCGAUACUAAAUUCACGGCUCAUCGCUCCAUUGAGCGAAGACCCCAAUGACCUCGCUUAUUUGAGCCCCGGACAUUUUUUAAUCGGCACUACCGUAGACAGUUUUCCUUGCCACGAUUUGAGCGACAUAAGCGAAAAUAGGCUCGUUCGUUGGCAACGCAUAGAACAAUUAAGGCAACAUUUCUGGCGACGGUGGAGUUCAGAAUACCUUCACACCUUACAAGCGCGUUCCAAAUGGAAGAUUAGCAAUGGGGAUCAAUUAAAGAUCGGUCAAGUCGUAUUACUAAACAGCAGGGGUUACACCCUCUGCAUUGGCUGUUAG